AUGGCUGUCAUCGCGCGCUGCGCGAUCCGCGCGUCCUCGCCAAACCCGUAUUCGUUAUCGCAAUUCCCAGCAUCCAAUUCGUCAGCAGCAGCGCAAGUUCGCUCUCCAUCCUCGAUACAAGCUCUCAGUCAAAAUCCGCUAUCGACAACACUGGCGAAGCUCACACAUAGUAAAGCGAUCCAUCAUCAGCUGUCAGCAGGGAGAAUUCCCAUCAGGCGGCGGAGAAAUCCGGCCUAUCCUAGCUCCGAUACCUCCCGAAAAUCGACCUUGUCCUCUCCUGCUGCAGCGCUCUUCUCCCAGCAAAUUGACGAUCCAGAUUUCAGCCUACUCCCCAUCGCACGGCCAGAAUUGCACCAGCUGGGCGAGUGCUUCGCUUGCGCCCCGCCCACCAGCCAGCGCCGCCAGCCGCUCAAAGGCAUCAUCACAUUCUUCGGAGGCGCCUUCCUGGGUGCUUCGCCAGACGUCUUCUACAGCUACUUUCUGGACCUUCUUGCUAAUGGCGGCUAUCUGGUGGUGGCUGUGCCUAAUCCAAUCACAUUCGACCACGUGGCUGCAGCUGCCGGCCUGCACGCCCGUGCCACGUCAGCACUCGAUCUGCUCCAGCUGCACGGGUUACCCUCUGCAGGGAUCUCUGCUGCUGACGUGGACGGUCUGCCACUCUACAGCGUGGGACACAGCAACGGCGCUCUGAUGCAGCUGCUCAUGGGCAGUCUCGCCACCACCACGAGAGACCGCCUGCCAGAGGCCAAUGUGAUCAUAGCAUUCAACAACCGCCCGGCGUCUUUUGCAGUGCCGUACUUUGACCAGAUGGGGCCAGCAGUGCAGCAGCUAGCUCCAGCCAUCGAAGCUUUUCCGCUCACCGGCAUUGCGCUGAGUGUGGCAGAGCAGGCACUGGAGGCCCUGCAACGCAGCAGCAUACCGCUGCCACCUGGAGUGGUGAGGAACGACCUUGACCCUCUCGGGCGCUUCCUUGAACAGAUCCCGCCCGUUCUCGGACAGGUGCGGGACGGGGUGUCGGAGUUCACACCACCACCGGCGGAGACCAGGAAGCUCAUCGCCUCCUCCUAUGCCGUCCCACGGAACCUUCUGGUAAAGUUCUCAGUGGACACCUUAGAUGAGACGGACCACCUGGAGCCCAUUCUCACGGGGCGCAUGGAGGAGAUCGGCGGCUCUCUUUCCACUCUGCUGCUUGAGGGGACUCACGCCACUCCCCUGGCUCCGGAUGUGUCAUGGCCAGUUCAAGAUGCUUUCUCACCGGUUGAUGCUAUUGCCCAAGGAGUGAAGUCGAGUGCUUUGGUGGAUAUUCGAAAGUUGGCUCAAGAAGUUUCGGCUUGGCUAGAUGACCUGUAA